AUGACUGCCCCGGAUGCAAAUCUCUGGAAGAUCGCAGCAGAUAAAGAAACAGAAUCAAUGGCACCAUUAUUUACUCAUAGCUACAAUCUAGGCGGUGGUAUUACACCGUCUGUACCUAUUGUGAUAAAUAAUGUGGUAAGUCCAGAAACACCAGAAAUUCCAGAAAUUCCAUAUCGCGCGAGUACGCUAACUGGAGGGGAAUCAAAAUCAGGUCGGCGACAGGCACCAUUAUUUACUCAUAGCUACAAUCUAGGCGGUGGUAUUACACCGUCUGUACCUAUUGUGAUAAAUAAUGUGGUAAGUCCAAAAACAUCAGAAACUCCAGGAAAUCCAGAUUGUGCAAGUACGCUAACUGGAGGGGAAUCAAAAUCAGGUCGGCGACAAGUACCAAUAGUAGUACAGACUGCAAGAAAUACAGCAAGAAUGACUGUAGCAGAUCGCGGGACCAAUAUUAAAACAAGCCAUGGACGCAUAACUCAGGAGGGGUUACUAGGGCGUGCCAUCAGCAAAAAUAAGGCUAUAAAGACAUCGCUAAAUAAGUCGAGUCUGGCCGGUUAUAGGAAACCGAACCGUAAAUCGAGAUCGAAGUCUCAAGGUUCGAGGAAAGAAGUUCAGGAACGUCCAGUUGACGUUAUGAACAGGGACAGAGCCAUGAUGGCUGCUCCCAUAAAAUCGACGCUAACAGCUGUAAUCAAUCCUAUUGGCCAAGUUAUCUCCGGGUACUAUAGCCUAUUAUCAAAUACUACCUGUUUGAGCCACAAGCCUCAAACAAUCUUUUACUAUAAGAACUAA